AAAGAGUGAUGUUGAAGUAAUCUCUUGUAAAGAAAUCAGAGUUGCAAAGGCUCUGCAAUUUAGCGAAGUAGAAGCAUUCUCCGGAAAUUUUAGUACACCUCCUUCUACGUUUGAUCCAAUCUUACACGGAGAUAGUAACGUUGAGAAUUAUGACAAUAGUAUUCAUUUUCAAUAUCAAUAUCAAUAUCAAGAACCCGUAAAUCAACUUCAACAACCACUUUUAGAAACUUCAAGUCCUAAUGACUUCAUCCAAUUUCCGAUUACCGAAAAUAUAUUGAGCCAUAACGUCAAUUGGCUAAACUCUAAUAAUAAUAUUAUUGAUUUUUCGUCACUAUCAAUUAAUGAACCAAACAUGGUUAUUAAUUCAACAAACGAC